UUGGUGCUGUGCUAAAGAGUCUCCAUAAUUUUGCAAGUCUGGGUCUGUGGCUGUUUAGGAGAAGCACCCCCCCACACACACACACACACACUUCAUCCUUCUGUGCUUGCCAUCACUGGAAUCCCUUGAGUCAACAUUAUGAUGCAGCAGCUAAAAAGGCCAAAGCAAUUUUAGGCUGCAUCAAUAGAAGUAUAGUGCCUAGAUCAAGGCAAGUAAUAGUGCCACUCUGUUCUGCUUUGGUCAGGCUUCACCUGGAGUACUGGAUGCAGUACUGGGCAUCACAAUUCAGAAAGAACGUUGACAAAUUUGAGGGUGUCCAAAGGAGGGCCAUCGAAAUAGUGAAAAGCCUGAAAACGAAGUCUUAUGAGGAGAGACUUAGGGAGGGGGAGGCUGUGGUUACAGGCUGGAAUCCCUGAGAGUUUCUUUCAGAGAGCUGUGCUGCUUGAGCCAGCGUUAUCCUUGCACCUGGAAAGACUCCAGCCCUUUGGAAGAUGUGGCCUCCCUCUCACCCAAAACGGAGCCCGUCCUUGACUCAGGAAAGUAAGUGGGCACCAAGCAAGGAGGUCCUCCAGGCCCUUUGGGAGGCAGAGCUCCAGCAGAGAGCCAAGAUGGCAGAGCAAGCCUUGGCUGACUCAGAAACAGGGAAAGGUCCCUGCUCCAUCUGGAUGGGAAAGAGUGGGGAUACCUGGGGGAAAAGAGUGCAGAAGGUCCUGGGUGAAGACAACCCAAGCUCUGAUGUCCAGCGCCAACGCUUCCGGGAGUUUGGCUACCAGGAGGCCGAGGGCCCCCGUGAGGUUUGCAGCCAACUCCGCGAUCUUUGCUCUGAGUGGCUGAAGCCAGAGAAGCACACCAAGUCUCAGAUCCUGGACCUGGUGAUCCUGGAGCAGUUCCUGGCUGUCUUGCCGCCAGAGAUGGAGAACUGGGUCAGAGGGUGUGUGCCGGAGACGAGUUCCCAGGCAGUAGCCCUAGCAGAAGGUUUCCUCCUCGAUCGGGCAAAGGACAGAAAGAAAGAAGAUUCCCAGGAGCUGUCAAGAGCAACCACCAAUUUCUCAGAUGCAGAGGAGUCUCCAAAAGACAUCACAUGGAAACUGCUGUCAAGGCAGGUUGGGCAGGAGAUCAGUGGAGCUUCCACCUCUGUAGGAAACAGAAGGACACCCCAAGACAGCAGAAUGAUGCCAGGGGUUCCCUCUAGAUCACCUUCACUUUGUGGAGAUAUUGACACAGUUUCUGUGAAAACAGAUCAGGGUCUAGAAACCUUUGAGGAGAUGGCUGUGCAUUUCACUGCAUUUCACCGAGGAGGACUGGGUGCCCUUAGAGCCAGGCAGUGGCAGUCAAGAGAAGUAAAUCACAGAGGAGAUCUGUGGAGCUGUGGAAAUCUGUCCUCUCUAGAAGAACUUCCAGAUUCCAGAUCAGACUUCAGCUGCUGGCAUGAAGAAGAGGAUGAUCAAUUUGUGAAAGGUUCUGAGGAAGGCGAGAAAUUAGCAGGUGCUGAGAGGGAAAAUAAUAAAGAGGUUGCACAACAGAGAAUGAAAACUGAAGAUGAGAACAGUGCUUUUGAGGGCAUUGAUUUCCAUGAAAUUACAGUGCCAGAGGAAUGUUGUGAAGGAAACAAAAAGAAUAUUCAUGAUGGGGAGAAACUGUUGAUAUGCUCCGAUUGUGGAAAGAGCUUCAGUCAGCAAGUAUACCUGACUAAACAUCAAAGGAUUCACCCAGGAGAGAAAACAUGUCAGUUCUUAGAGUGUGGAAUCCAGUUUAAUCACAGCUCAGACCUUAGCUUGCAUUCAGGAGUCCACACAGCCAAGAAGCCCUAUGAGUGCUCAGAGUGUGGAAAGAAUUUCAGUGAUAGCAGAAGCCUUAAAAGACAUCAAAGAAUUCACACUGGGGAGAAGCCAUAUAAAUGUCCAGAAUGUGGGAAAGCCUUUAGUCGCAGCCCAGAACUCAAAGCACAUCAACGAAUCCAUACUGGAGAGAAGCCCUAUAAAUGUUCUGUUUGUGGAAAGUUGUUCAAUCAGAGCUCAAAUCUUAGUAAACACCAGAGAAUUCACACGGGGGAGAAGCCCUAUACGUGUUCAGAAUGUGGAAGGAGUUUCAAUCAUAGCACACACCUUAAAAGACAUCAAAGAGUUCACACAGGGGAGAAGCCAUAUAAAUGCUCGGACUGUGGAAAGAGCUUCAGUCAAAGCAUAAUCCUUAAACUGCAUCAAAAAAUUCACACGGGAGAAAAGCCAAAUAAAUGCACUGAGUGUGGGAAGAGCUUCAGCAAUAGUGGAAACCUUAAAAUACAUCAGAAAAUUCAUAGAGGGGAGAAGCCCUACAAAUGCCUUGAGUGUGGGAAGAGUUUCAGUCAAAGUGUGAUCCUUAAAUCUCAUCAAAGAAUUCACACAGGCGAGAAGCCGUAUAAAUGCCCAGAAUGUGGGAAAAGCUUCAGUGACAGCAGAAGCCUGAAAAUGCAUCAAAGAACUCACACCCAGGAGAAGCCCUAUAAGUGCUCAGUGUGUGGAAAGAGUUUCAGUGUUAGGAAAAGCCUUAAUGUGCAUCAAAGAACUCACACAGAGGAGAAGCCUUAUAAAUGCUCUGAGUGUGGAAAGGGCUUUAGCGAUAGUAGGAUCCUUAAAGUACACCAAAGGAUUCACACAGGGGAGAAGCCUUAUAAAUGUUUAGAAUGUGGAAAGAGCUUCAACCAGAGCCCACAUCUUAAAAGACACCAAAGAACUCACACAGAGGAGAAGCCCUAUAAAUGUUCAGAGUGUGGAAAGAGCUUCAAUCAGAGCACACACCUCAACUCUCACCUAAGAAUUCACACACGCGAGAAGGCGUACAAGUGCUCCGAGUGCGGAAGAAGCUUCCAUCAGAGCAGACACCUUAGUUCACAUCAAAGAAUACACAAGAAGGAGGAAUCCUGUAAAAUAUCUCAGUGACUAGAAUAUGGGCAGUUUAAAGUCUUCUCUUCAUUUCAAAACCCUUGAGAAAGUAUGUGAAUAAUUAGAGUAGAGUGUAUUUGUCUAAGCAAAUUGUAAUAACCAAGAAGUAAUUCACACAAGGGACCAGAAACUGCUGUCAGCAUAGCUGAGUUGAACAAUGAAUAUCAGCUAGAACCAGAAUCUUACACAGGGUCAAGUUACAUGCAACAUUAAAACAAGUAGGUCCCAAUCCUACACCGGGGUUGUAUAGUGUAAGUGAUCACAUGUGGAGUUACACAUUCAUUGCACAAUGCACCCCUUGCACUGAAUGCCAAUAUUACAAAAUUGAACCAAGACACCAAAUGUUUAACCCAAUAUAUGUACAGUGGUCAUCAAUGCACAGUGCCUAUCUAUGUAAAAAAGCAGUGCAUGUGCAACUUCAGUUCUGCAGCCUUGAAUGAUUGUCGCCAUUCCACAUCAGAUAAAAAUGCCCCACUGCUUCUUUAGUGGAGCUUAACACAUCCAUAAGAUAACAACAGGCUUCUGGUCAUAGUAUCCAGCUGAAGAUCAUUUUUAAAUGUUCAUCAGGACCAGUGGAGUUGCAGGAGAUUUAAACCUUCCCUCCAUUCCUUGUUGUUAACCCUUUUAAAAAAAGUUUUCCUUUAUUGGUAUUAAAACAAACUUCCAUUUGCACCAACAAGGAUUUCCAUUUUAAAAAAAAUGUAUGGAGGAAUUAAUAUAUAGAAAAGAGCAGAUUUUGGGAUGGGCAGGUGGGAAUGAAACAUACUCCAACUGCAUACACUGGUUUGCAGCUAUGUGCAUUUAGUUCAGCUUGGGUUUCUCAACCAAGGUUCCCUGGAACCCAAGGGUUCUGUGAGAGAUCAUGAUGGGGGGGGGGAAUAAACUUUGUUUUGAGCUGGAGAUAUAAUAGGAUUCUAAGCAGAGCUUCCCUGAGAUCUGAAAAUGAUUUCAAGAUGUUCCUCCAGGGUAAAAAGGUUGAGAAAGGCUGGUUUAGAGAGAGGGGAAGCUGAUCUUUAGCUGCACAUUGUAAUCAAGAUGCUGCAUCAAUGCCUAGCUCCACAGGCACAUCUUCCAUAGCCAGGCAAUUGUCAACUCACAAGAAUGGUCCCUGCUAAUAUUGCUUACCAGUGAAGAAGGGUGCUGGGGAAGGCGAUUCAGAUCAUGCAAAUGAUCUCAGUACUGUCAUGGGUGGAAGAAAUAAGUGUGUGCUUUCAUGGAGUGCACCCACAUUUUCCUUCUGCCAGGAGCUCAACUAGUUAUCUUCAUGGUCUGAAUCACUUCCUCCCUCAUCCACCCAGUAAGUGACAGCAUUGGGGUCCUUCCCAGGGACUGACAACUGUGGAGCAGUGGAAGUUUUAGAACGGAGCACAAGGCAAAUGAAUAGCUCUUUGUGUCAUUUCCAAAUUGAGACAUGUGUCCCUAUAUACUGCCCUUCGGCAGAAGUAAGUCACCAACAAGAUAUCAGCCUGUAGUUGGAAUCCUGUCGGUCAGUUCCAAGUAGAGUAGGCCCACUGAGUCAAUAGUAGAAGACUGAGUUGUUACAUAGGUAAAUUCAGUUGAUUAAUGGCUUCAAUAAUUUAGUGAGAACUGAGGUAGAAUUUUAGGCCCCUGUGUUUUACACAGCAUAGGAUUUGACCCUAGUAAUUGGGCACCAACCUAGUGACCUAUGGUAAAACUUUGCCCACCCGUGACUAUGUCAUUCAAAAGUGGGCAAUUUGCAGUUGUCUUAGUGGAAAGUGUCUCCUCCCACCCCGAGUACCAAGGGUCACACAGGUCCCUGCAAAUACUUCAAAUGUGUUUUUGGGUGUGUGUUUUUUUUAAUUUAAUUUAAUUUGAGGAGGAGUUAGGUAAAGAAAGAAGACCUUCACACUACAAUCUCAUCUUUUGGACCUUCUCUCCAAAUAGAAAGUGACCGAAAGUUUACAGUUUUGAGGAGGGUGAAGCCUCCAGGCCAAGGGGCUCAAAAUAUGAAAUUGUCCCCCCCCCCACAGACCUUAGGAAGCCCUAGAUGCUUUUAAUACAUAUUUUACCCUCAGUUGUUUAAGUGUGUACUAGAAGCCCUACAUGGCUUGUGGGUGACAUUUUGCCCACCUUGGAUCUGAGCCCAAGCUGUCAGGAUAGUUGCCUCCAUGGGGAGCAUUGUGUAUACCAAUGAGACUCUAUAAGGCAACCUAAUUUUACCUUUGGUUUGAGUCUUGAAAUCCAGAGUUUGGUGCAUUUAAAAAGAGAGAGAGAGGAUCUCAUUAUGCUGUCAUUUGGUGUAUGUCUUGAUACCUUGAAAGAGAACAUUUUUUGCACUCUCUUUUCCCCCUUUUUUGUAUCUUAUUGCUGUCAACAUUGUGGAGUUAUAUUUAAAUUAAACUAUCUUGGCUGUUAAA